GAGGCAGCUGUAUGUGUGUGUGUCUGUGCGUGUGUGUGCAAGUGUGUUUGUGUGUAUGCACACAAGAGUGCCUCUGAACAGCACAGUGUUUGAACCCAAAGUGGUGGAACUGUUAACUUUGGUGGAGAGUCAUGACUUAAGUCCCUGAGGGAGCACUUCGGAUACAAGCUGCUCUCCGUCUCCCUCAAGCCUGCCAGGACAAGUCCUCGCCCCCAGGCACCUGCUGCACCUCACCUCUGCACCUGCCGCCACCCGACCGACCCUGCCCAAAGCACCUGCCCACAACCUGCACAGAGCCAUGGACCAAUCCUGUGUCUGCCUGAGCCUCUGCUUUGCAGCGCUCCUGGGAGUUGCCACAAGCAGCACCAAGCCCUCCACUGAGCCACUUCAUGUAACUUCGAGUCACACUUCGAGACACGCUUCUACCAAAACCAUCAGCAUCGUGAUGACUCCGAAAAACUUGCCCGUCACGGAUGCCACGAUCCAGGCCCCAGACCAACCCCCAUCCGCACCCCAACUCGUGACCUCCUUGUCCACGGCCAAUGACGCCCCUCAGAACUGUUUCAUCAGCAAUGAGUGGACCAUUUGGGUGCUCGUAGCGGCCGGGGCGGCUGUCGCCAUCCCACUGAUCUGCGCUAUGGGGUUGAUGAUCCAGGUGUGCCGCCUUAAGCGGCAGGUCCGCCCCGGCCGCACGCCCCGGACCAACGUGGACCUGGUUAGUGGGAUGAGGUCCCCCAGCACCACAGGAGGUGGAGCCGAGGGUGGGGCUAGUGCAGGACUGUGUGAGAGCGCCAUCAAGAUGGAGGAAGUCAAACUGCAAGAGCAGGCAAAGGAGGAGGAGGCGAGGGAGGAAGAGGCAAGGGAGGAGGCGGCCAAGGAUGGCACAGAACAAGGUGCUGUCGACAAGGCAGGGGAUUCUGGGAAUGGAGAGGCAGCUAGGGAAAGCACUGCUCCGGCCACUGCCUCCAGCCAAAUGGAGGGGGUCCCUGCAGCAGCUGCCGAGGGUGAAAUGGAGGUCCUGGUGGUGGUGUAAGCGGGGUCUGGGGAGUGCUCACUGCAGGAGUGCCUGAGCAGGACCCUGCCCUCAAAGCCGCUAGCUUUCUGCAGGCAAAAAGUGUGGCCUUUGACCGCACCUCUCCUCCAGUCACUGCAAGAUCAGAAUUUAUCCUGACCCUUAUUUUGUAUUAGUUGUAUGUGUGUAUUGAUUGUUGAGGUACAUUGUGAAACAUGCUAAAAUUCUGCACUGAUACAGCUAGAUUUCAAUCCACUCUAAACUGUGCAACGGGUGGAAAGACCAGCGGGCUUUCAACCUUAUACGCGUCAUGUUACGUUGUGCAGUUUUGAGGUGUUGCAUUGGAUUUGUUUUAAUAUAUCUCUGUUUGGAAUGGUGUGUCACUCCAGCUAAUCCACUCUCUGCUGCUGUGCAAAUGAUUUUGUUUUUUCACCCACUUCAUGUUAGUGACAGCUUCCCAAAAGUACAUUUUAAAUAAAUGAAUUCACUUUGCAUUCACCUUGCAUUCACUUUACCGCACAUUACACUGCUUGUUGUUUUAAUCCCACUGACCAUACUUACACCUCUUAAAUGCAUACGCUGGUUAAGUGCAUAAAACGGCAGUAUUCCAGAGCAAAUGCAAUUCUCAGCAGUUGACUGUGCAUCUUGUAUAACAUUUUUUUGCUGUGAAGCACAAAAUCUUAUUCUGUGCUAUACUGAGUAAAAUGUGAAUGAUUGAUGUGCUUCUCUAUAAAUAUUUCUAUGCAUGUAUAAUUCGGUGUACUCUACUCUACUCUUCAAGGCCACAAUAAUAAUCUUAUUUUGCAAACUGCAAUGGAAGCUCUGAGCUCAGCUGAACGGACCCCCAUCUGAAGUGACAGGAAGAGAACCGCAUCUCCCUGGCAGCAACACAAAUUAAUAAUACUGUAAGAGGACAGACCACUUCCUCAGCAGCGUAACUGGCUCUUAUCACCCAACGAAUCAUAUUUGGAGCUAACUCUUCUAUAUAUAUUUAACUGAAAAAGAGAAAUGAGAGUCUGAUUUAGCAACAGAAUACAGGGUUUCACAGAGACAUAAGAUUUUA